AUGAGGGCGUUGAUUGGGGAAGUGAUAGCAGACGAGGAAGGCAGACGAGGAUACCAUUCGUUCCUCGCGAUCUGCGAGUCCGGCCAACUCUCGGAAAUCAAGGAGGUGCUCCAGCAACAAUCUGGCUCAGCCUCUCUGCCCUCGCUCUCCUUGCAGGACGACGAUGGCUGGACCGCGCUCCAUUAUGCCGCUAGCUCCGGAAACCCUCAGACGGUCGAAUAUCUCCUCCAACAGGGCGCCCUUUGGGCCAUGGUUGACAAUCUCGGCUAUAAUGCAGGUGAUGUUGCCUUCUCAAUGAACCAUGUCGAAGUAUACCAAAUCAUCAGCAACCAUGGAUUCCGGGCGGAAGCGCUAAGACUGACGAUGGAAGCGACUGAUGAAGAGGAAGAGGGGCCGACGGAGGCGGGCUCGACGGCGACCAACAAUGCGAGAUUCCUCGCCUCAAAGCUGACGUUCAAGACGAGCACGAGCGGGCAACGCCUAUGCAUUGAUUCGGAAGGGAACGGGGUGAUGCAAGGCUGGGAGACGGAGAUCAUGCGAGAGACGGCCAAGCGGCUCUGCGAGCCCUUGCUCCGGAACAAGACGCCCGACUUCGAACUCAGCAUCCUCAACGUCGGCUUCGGCCUCGGCAUCAUCGACAGCUUCUUCCAGCAGUAUCACCCCACUCGUCAUGUGAUCAUCGAACCCCAUCCCGAUGUCUUGCAGUUCAUCAGCGACCAAGGUUGGCCCGACAAACUCGGCGUCCAUAUCUAUCCCGGCCGCUGGCAAGACUUCCUCGUCGACGUUCAGGAGGGCAAAAUUCAGGCUAACUUCGACGUCAUCUAUUGGGAUACGUUCUCAGAAGACUAUCGAUCAUUGAAGGGCUUUUUCGAUAACGUGUUCGACCUCUUGUCCGGCUCAGAGGCCCGAUUCUCUUGGUUCCAUGGUCUCGGAGCCACUUCGCGUACGUUGUAUGACAUUUACACGGAGAUGGCAGAGAUGGAUAUGAGGGAAGCUGGUCUCCGAGUGAGCUGGUCCGAAGUCCCCGUCGAUGGGGGUGAAGCCGUAUGGGAGGGCAUCAAGCGACGAUACUGGGACAUACCCUCGCCUUAUCGACUCCCUAUAUGCACCUAUGAUGUUUGAAUAACAGUCCAGAAAAAUACGCGCCCAUAUGCUCAUUCUUUAUCAACAA